AUGACUCCAAAACUUAUUCUUUUCUUCACACUCUUUCUACUGCCGCAAACAUUUCACAAUCGUGGAUUCUUCGCCGCCGUCGCCGCCCUCCGCGGCGGCGGCAAGUGGGACCUACUACAAUCCAGCAUAGGCAUUUCCGCCAUGCACAUGCAACUCCUCCACAACGACAAGAUCGUCGCGUUCGACCGCACCAACAUCGGCCCCUCCAACAUCUCAUUGCCCGCCGGCAAGUGCCACCACGGCGUCAGCGGCGGUGGCAGUUUCGGCGGCAAUAAAACGCCGCCGGACGACAACUGCACCGCGCAUUCCGUCGAGUACGACGUCGUUUCCAACUCCAUCCGCCCUGUCCUCGUCCUCUCCGACUUCUGGUGCUCCUCCGCCUCCGUCUCCCCCGCCGGAACCCUAAUCCAGACCGGCGGCUACGGCGAAGGCACCCGCGUCGUCAGGCGGUUCAAUCCGUGCAACGACGCGGAAUGCGAUUGGGAGGAAAUCAAAUACGGGUUGACCCGACCGCGGUGGUACUCCACCGACCAUAUCUUGCCGGACGGCCGCCAAAUCAUCGUCGGCGGCCGGCGAGCGUUUAAUUACGAGUUUUUUCCCAAAUCCGGCCCGGCGGAUGCCGUCUAUUCCCUCCCGUUUCUAGCGCAGACAACCGAUCCCGGCCAGGGCGCCGAGAAUAACCUAUAUCCUUUCGUUCUCCUCAACGUCGACGGAAACCUAUUCAUCUUCGCAAACAAUCGAGCAAUUUUGUUGGAUUAUGUUAACAACGUUGUUGUGAGACAAUAUCCCCAGAUUCCCGGCGGCGAGCCGAGGAAUUAUCCGAGCAGUGGCUCGGCCGUUCUUUUACCUCUGAAGAAUUUGAAAGGUUCAACAACAAUGGCGGAGGUUUUGGUAUGCGGUGGGUCACCUAAAGACGCAUAUUAUAAUGCGAGAAGGAAUAUUUUCGUUGGGGCAUUGAAUACUUGUGGGCGGAUCGUGAUAACCGACCCGAACCCGGUAUGGAUAACGGAGGAGAUGCCGUUUCCGAGGGUGAUGGGGGACAUGGUGGUGUUGCCCACUGGGAAUGUUCUGAUUAUUAACGGCGCUACUAACGGCGCGGCCGGGUGGGAUUUAGCCCGGAACCCGGCUUUCCACCCGGUUCUCUACCGCCCCGAUGGCCCGCCCCGGUCCCGAUUCGACCUCCAAAACCCUAACAAAAUCCCUAGAAUGUAUCACUCCACCGCCGUCCUCAUCACCGACGGCCGCGUCCUCGUCGCCGGCAGCAACCCUCACGCAACCUACAAGUUCACCAAUGUCGCCUUCCCGACGGAAUUAAGCAUGGAAGCGUUCUCCCCGUCGUACCUGGACCCGAAAUACGCCGCCCUCCGGCCGGAGAUUCUCUCACCGGCGUCCCAAUCUUGGCUGAGCUACGGCGAAGUGGUGUCCGUUCAGUUUAAGGUUUCCGGCAAGGUGGAUUUGAGCUCAGUUAAGGUAACAAUGGUGUCGCCGGCGUUUAGUACACACUCGUUUUCGAUGAAUCAACGGUUACUGGUUCUGAACAUCGUGAAAGUGAAGGCCGCCGGAGAAGAAUCGUACGGAAUCGACGUGGUGGCUCCGGAUUCCGGUAACCUGGCGCCGUCUGGAUACUAUCUUCUCUUCGUGGUUCAUCGGGAAAUACCCAGCAAAGGAAUCUGGGUACACAUACAGUAA